AUAAUAACAAUGUGGACAAACGUUUGCAUGUGUGUGUGUGUGUGCAGAUAUAGAUUUUGAAGUUGAAAUAAAAAGAAAAAAAUCUAUUUUUUCUAAAAGCUUCUAUUUUUAGAUGUUUGUUUAAUAACCCCCAGUCCCAGAGCUCAGCUCUUGGUUCACUUUUCCAUGUGAAAGUGAAGUCCUGUGGCUGUACUGGCUCUGUGUUCUCACGAGGAUUUUCGCAUUUAUUUCCUCUUUUCAAGACCACGGCAAAUGUACAGCAGCCCCGACACCAUUUAUAUGUCGAUCCAAAGACCAAAGUGAUAUGUCAAGAUAGUAACGGGCAAAGAGGCUACCGGUCCGUACCAGCUGACGACACACACGCGCACAACCCAAAAUGAACCCGAAAUACCUGAGACUCGAGACUUGACACUAUUUUUUAUUACAUAUCCAUAUCUUCUUACACAAUAUGGAUUUGAUUUAUUAUCUGCAAGGAGCACGUAAUAUGAAGGGAAAUAACGGGUGGGGGAAUUGGGUCAUGAUGUGACGCAAAAUAAAUUAUUAACGGUAUUUAUCCAUGUAUCCCAGUGUCGUCACCGAGUGUGAGAAAGUGUGCAUGCGCAGAACAACCGUUCCCACUUCAGUAAGUUGACGUUUUUGUUGUUUCUUGCUGUGAAUCGCGCGCAGAGCUGAAAAGCUUGCUCAAACUAUGCGCUGAGCGAACAAAACAAAACAGAAAAGAAAAAAAAUCAGUGUCGGAUCUCCCCCUGGGUCUUUCUAGAUGACAUCACAAAGGGGAGCGGCAACCUCUAGAAAAAAAAAAAGGCACCGCUCUCUUUGAAAACGUUUGCCGAUAAUUCACAAACCACCGGUGGCGCCCUUUCUCCACAGCACCUCCACGGAGUCUGUGGUCUGCCAUUUACUAAAAAAAAGGGGGGGGGGGGACGAGUCAGGUGUGCGUAAACCUAACGCUGCCCUGGGUUUGCGCAGCCAAACACGGAAGGGGAAUAGCCAAUUCGUACGCGUUUUUCGGUGGGAAAAUAUCCUAGGGGAUGGGCUAGAUUCUCGGGAACUGCUGCCGUCCGUGUCGGGAUUCGGGAGUUGUCCGGCUGUUGGCACAUACACACACAAGCUACAAACAACAACGUGAAACCCGAAGGCUCGAUAUGUUCGCUAAUCCCAGGGGACUGUAAUUCUCUUUCAUGGAUCGAAAUAGUCAUGCAGAGCUCGGACGUGAAAACGACCACCACAGCCGACGACGUGUUGCAAUUAAGCGGAGAGCCGAGCCGCCAGUUUCCAGCGCUUUCAAAACGGCCGUGUGAUUAAUUACAGCUUCGACUGUGCGUCUCAGGAUUGCCUGACAGCCGGGAGGUAACCGAGGAAGCUCCCGGUCUUUGAUGUCUCUGGGUCCAUUCAUCUUUCUGUUGUAAUGACGUCUGCACGGUUAUUUUAAUUCCAUCGGUGAGGCGUUUGAGUGUUCAUCCAGCCCCCAACCUUCAACCGGUGUCGGGGACGACGAGCCUGAGGCGGGUCGACAGUCGCAAGGAUAUGGAAAAGAGAGCGGAACCGAUGCAGUGGGUCUUGGCAAGGCAUCGUCAAAACACAGGGCAGUGAUGCCUGGAAUGGUGAUGUUUCGGCGGCGCUGGUCAGUUGGCAGUGAUGACCUGGUGCUGCCCGCCCUCUUCCUGUUUUUGUUACACUGCAUAUGGUUGGUGGUUCUGUCUGUAGUUGUGUUCGGCCUUCCAUAUGGCUCAGACAAGUCCUGUUCGGAAACCCUGGUGGACCAUGGCCGAGGGUACCUGGGCAUCCUGGUCAGCUGCCUUAUAUGUGAGAGCGCCAUCAUGUGGUUGAGCAUGAGGGGCAGCAUUUUGUACACACAGCCCAGGGAAGCUGUACAGUAUGUCCUUUACAUUCGGCUAGCUAUUCUGUUGGUUGAGCUCGUGUAUGCUGUCGUGGGCAUUGCCUGGCUUGUCCAGUAUUACAAACCGUGCUCUGAUGUCACUGCCAAAAACUUGGCUUUGGGAAUUGUUGUAUGCAACUGGCUGGUAAUUUUCAGCGUUUGCAUUACCCUCAUGUGUACUUUUGAUCCCACGGGUCGGACUUUUGUCAAGCUGAAGGCAACCCGUCGGCGUCAGCGCAACCUCACUACUUACACGCUCAGACACAGGCUAGAGGAAGGCCAAGCCAGCAGCUGGAGCAGGAGACUAAAGUUUUUCAUGUGCUGCACAAGAGCCCAAGAUACACAAUCGGAUGCGUAUUCAGAGGUGGCCAGCCUUUUUGCAGAGUUCUUCAGAGACCUGGACAUUGUGCCUAGUGACAUUAUUGCUGGUCUGGUACUGCUCCGCCAGAGACAGAGGUCUAAGAGAUCAUCUAUCCUGGACCAGGCCAACAAUGACAUUUUAGCCUUCUUAUCAGGAAUGCCUGUCACUCGUAACACUAGAUACCUGGACCUCAAGAACUCGGCUGAGAUGAACAUGUACAAGGAUGUGUGUUAUUAUAUGCUCUUUGCCCUGGCUGCUUAUGGUUGGCCCAUGUACCUGAUGAGGAAGCCUGCCUGUGGGCUGUGCCGCCUCGCCAGCUCCUGCCCCUGUACAUCUGUGUCUGGAUCUCGGCUGUCUCAGUCCGUGACAGUGGAAGAGGACAAUUGUUGCGGCUGUAAUGUCCUGGCCAUACGCAGGCACUUCCUGGAUAAUGACCUCAAGCAGGUCCACAUUGUCUACACAUCCUGCCACGAUGCUGUUUACGAGACUCCAUUUUUUGUGGCAGUGGAUCACGAAAAAAAGAAAGUUGUCAUCAGUAUCAGAGGAACUCUUUCUCCAAAGGACGCCCUGACUGAUCUGACGGGGGACUCUGAACGUUUGCCUGUGGAGGAACAGCAAGGCACCUGGCUUGGCCACAAGGGAAUGGUUUACUCAGCAGAAUACAUUAAGAAGAAACUGGAGCAGGAAAUGAUCUUGUCUCAAGCUUUUGGACGAGACUUGAACAAGGGCACCAUGCAUUAUGGGCUGGUGAUAGUCGGGCAUUCUCUCGGUGCAGGCACUGCUGCUAUUCUCUCCUUCCUGCUGAGACCUCAGUACCCAACACUUCACUGCUACUCUUAUUCUCCACCCGGUGGCCUUCUUAGUGAGGAUGCCAUGGAGUACUCCAAAGAGUUUGUGUCAUCCGUAGUUUUGGGAAAAGACCUGGUGCCAAGGCUUGGCCUGUCACAACUAGAGGGUUUCCGACGCCACCUUCUGGAAGUUUUACAAAAGAGUAACAAGCCAAAGUGGAGGAUCAUUGCGGGAGGCACUAAAUGCAUCCCAAAAUCAGAGCUUCCACUAGAGGAUGAUGAUCCUCAGUCUCAGCCUGCAGCACCUCCAAGCAGUCGCUUGUGGCUACACCCCAGUGACCUCAGCAUUGCCUUGUCAGCCUCCACACCCCUCUACCCACCUGGCAGGAUCAUCCACGUGGUACACAACCAUCCUCCAGAGACAUGCUGUGGUCAGGAAGAGCCAACCUAUUCAGCAUUGUGGGGGGACAACAAGGCUUUCAAUGAGGUCAUCAUAUCACCUGCCAUGCUUAAUGAGCACAUGCCCCACAUGGUGAUGGAGGGUCUCAACAAGGUGCUGGAGAACUACAACAAAGGGAAAACUGCUUUGCUGUCAGCAGCCAAGAUCAUGGUGAGCCCCACAGAAGUGGACUUGAACCCAGAGACCUUGUUCGUCGAUACAUCAACAACCUCUCAGCAGCCAACGCCUACAACCCACCACCGCAGGAACAGCAGUGUUCGACAAAAAACAUUGUUACGCUCGUGUGCCCAGUCUGAAAUAUCUCUGGAUGGUUUCUCUGAGUGCCCCCCUCCUCCAGUGCCUGUAGUACUGCGUGGAGCACGAGAACGUUUGGCAGUGGAGCUGAGGGACCGCAAAGCACCCUUAGCUGUCAUGGAGAGUCUCUCAGAUGCAGAGUCCCUGUAUAGUCUGGAUUCCCGACGGUCCUCUGCUGCAUUAAGGGGUUCACCAAUGCUGGGUAGCCUCCCGUUCCCUUUGGAUGCCCCAAUCCCAGAGGAGAACCCAUCUCUGAGCUCUCGCACUGAGCUACUAUCUGCAGAUGUCCUCUGCCAAGCAACAACAGAGCAUCUGGGUGAGGUUGGGCCCUUCUUUACCCCACUGGAAUCCAGAUCAACCCCAGAUUAUCCUAUGAGGCUGUCCCCUGCCACACCUCGCUACAGUGGACUCCAUUCCCCAGCUCUUCUAAACCAGAGUGUCUUGGCUAAGUCUUACAAAACUGAGACUAAUGCCAACUUGAAAAUGCUUCCUGAUGAGGAUCACCAACAAAUGCCUGGUGUCUACAGCCCAGGGAGCACACCUGUUGCUCCCCUAAGUCCACAUAUUGGUACUAGACCAAUGGAUAGAGAAAAGGAAGACUGGGAGCUGGAAACGGCAGAGAAACAGUUAAGUGCAGAGACCAGACCAGCGGUUUCUACGCCUCCACCCCAUCUAUCCAAUGGAAACCCCAGCCAGGCAGUGCUGGAGUUCGCCCAAUACUUAGACUCUCUUUUCAGACUGGAUGGCAGCAGCUCACCAACUCUGGACCUUUCUGAUGGGGAGUCAGAAUCAGGCCGGGGCUCCUUUGGGCAGGGUGAGUGUCUUGGAGAUGAGCAGCGGUUGGAUGACAAACAACUUCUGGCCAGGGCAACAGUGGAGCCUAAUCUAGUUCCUAAGCCCCCGCGCACUUUUGCUGGAUCCGCUGACCCCUCUUCGGGCAUAUCUUUGUCACCCUCCUUCCCUCUCUCUUCAUCUGAGGAACUCAACGACCUUUCUCCUAGCGAGGGUGCCCCGUCAGCCAUACACUCCCUACGAACAUCACCCCCUUGCCACUGCCCUGAAGAGAACACACUAUCGUCUAUGGUGUAGAGUGCGCUCUGAAGUCUCCAAUGCCCUUUGCUCUGAUUGAGAGGUGCAGUCAAUUUCAGAUUUUAAAACAUAUCACAGUACAUGCAUGCGAUGGAAUGCAGUUACUCAUCUGAGAUCCAGUGACAGAAUUUGACUGACCAACUCACACAAUAUUCCCAUUCUUCAGGUGUACCCCCUUGAACUCUGUUUAUAGCAUUUUCACACUAUUGCAAUGACUAAGAAAAAAAAGGAUACCUCUCUCUGCAUGCCAGGGGGCUGUGCUGCUUUUGGGUGAAUAUAAAUAACUGUAGCUUCACAAUGCCAUUUGAAAAUGUUGUCUCACCCACAUGGGAAUGCGUCCACAUUACAUCGAUUCCCUGAAGUAACCAAAUCAAAGGGAGAAUAUUUAACUGAGCAGGGAUUCAAAAAUUAACACUGUAGAAGAGGUUAGCAUAGGCACAUCAUCUGGGUUGAUGUACUGUACGACUUCCUGCACACUCAGCAGCUCCGGAAAUUUGUCCAGCUUUUAUUUUUGUUUGAUUUCUUUAAAUCAGAAAUGUGAAGAUGGACAUUUUGUUAAUAAAUAGAAGUGAUAAGAUUUCAAGAAAUGUUCCUCAGGUCUACAAAGAAUUGACUUUGAGAAAGAGAGUAAGUGUGUUACAUUGGUGAGAAUCCAUGUGUCUUAAACAUUUAGUGAUUGUGACAAAGUUAUUUCAGAUGCCUAUGGAUGUUUUUGAGUCUUUUGGUUACUCUUUAUAAUGCAUGAUGAUAAUUUUUUUUGUAAUUAUUUAUUUAUUCUUCAAGAGAAAUCAUCAUUAAACCACCUUAGACUGACAUUUGAUUACUUGCGCACAUCAUUGCUCAAUUUACCCCUCUUGCCAAAAAAAAAAAAUUUAAUACAUCGUCUUGCCAAAUGUAUUUAUGGGAUGUAAUUUUGUAUAUGUAUAUGGAUAUUGCUUUAUUUAAAAACAAGCUAAGUUCAUUAUUUCCUUCCCUAGCCAUCCUGUUGAUUACCCACAUAGACUGUUACACAGCAACUCCAGAAAAGAUGUCAUCCUGACCUUAAAACACUGCCAUGGCUUUCAUUUCCAAAACACAGCCUCUGUACACCGGAGUUUAUAGGAAUAUCAAACUUGCUAAUAGUUGUCCUAGUUUCAUAAUAAUUACUGUACAGUUCUUCUUGGAGAGCUCUUAGAAACAGGUCAGUCUGCAUGCAUUCCAGAGUAGCAUGGCUGGUAUAGAACAUGUCUUGUCCUUAAGCCACAGUAAAGAAGCUCUAAACGUGUCCAGAAAUUACCAUCGUAUGUAAACACAAACUUUUGAGAUGCUCAAUAGUCGCCGAGGUCAUCAGACAGGACCAAAUUAUAUAUCCUACAGCUCUCUCGGGAUAGAUUUCUCUUGUUCUGAAGGUGCUCUGUCAUUUUGGACGUCAAGGCGUUUGCUUCCCUUUAAUACGGUUCAUCUCAAACAUGCUUGAGGUUGGACUGAAUGAAUAAAUGUACUCGAACAUUGCAUUUGCCGACUCUAAAUGCUGUGUGCAGCACAGUAUCUUCCAUAUCACUCUGGGUGUAACCAAUGGGUCACGAUUUGAAUUAUUACACUUAAUGUUGUUAUCACUUUUAUUGCUAUAUUUGCUGGUAUUAUUAUCCUUAUUGCUCUUGCAACAGAUUGGUUUGACGUCAGUGGUUUUUAUCUCAGUUUUUAAGGAAAGUAUGGAGAACUUUUUCGACUUUCCCAGAUGUAAGGAGUUAAAUAUUUCAGGGUCCCCCCCCCCCCCC